AUGGCGGGCUUUAGUGUUGAUAUGACCUCAGAAAUAGGGAGAGAAUCAUUUGCAAGGGCUUCAAACGCUGAAUGGUUAGAAGAAGAUGAAGCGGACCUUCAAAUGGCUGCACUCUUAAGAUUGCCUACACAAAAGCGUCUCAAUUUUGCAUUGCUUAAGAAGCCACGUACAGUGGAUUCCGAAAACAAGAUGGACAAAGUUAUGGAACAAGUUGAUGUCAGAAAGUUGGAUCGCGUCAAUCGUGAACAACUUGUCAAAGAAGCUUUGGCUACUGAUGAACAAGACAAUUACAAGCUUCUUUCUGCCAUUAAGGAACGCUUCAACAGGGUUGGAUUAGAGGUGCCAAGUAUCGAGGUGAGAUACAAAAACUUGACGGUUGGAGCUGAUGUUCAGCUUGGUUCAAGAGCUCUGCCAACUCUGCUCAAUUACAUGCGAGAUAGCUUUGAGAGUAUGCUUAAUGGCUUGGGGAUAAGUCGACCUAAGAGACAUUCCUUGACCAUCUUAAAUGACAUCAGUGGCACUAUCAAACCUGGAAGGAUUACGUUGCUCUUAGGACCUCCAGGCUCAGGCAAAACUACCUUACUUUUAGCACUUGCGGGAAAACUUGAUAGUAACCUCAAGAAAAGUGGUAGCAUAACAUAUAAUGGCCAUGAGCAAAGGGAGUUUUGUAUUCAAAGGGCUUCUGCAUACACUAGCCAAACUGAUAAUCACAUUGCAGAAUUGACAGUGAGAGAGACUUUUGAUUUUGCUAAUAGAUGUCAAGGUUCAAGUGAUGCAGAGUUUGUGAAAAAUCUGGGAAGCUUAGAGAAGGAAAAAAACGUCGUGCCAAGUGCAGAAAUUGAUGCAUUUAUGAAGGCAUCGGCUGUUGGUGGCAAAAGGCAUAAUGUGAUGACAGAUUAUGUUUUGAAAGUGCUUGGUCUUGAUGUAUGUUCAGACACGGUUGUUGGCAAUGAAAUGAUAAGGGGUGUCUCUGGUGGCCAAAAAAGGAGAGUUACAACAGGAGAAAUGAUUGUUGGACCAAGAAAAGCUCUAUUUAUGGAUGAAAUAUCAACUGGACUUGACAGCUCAACCACAUUCCAGAUUGUAAAAUGCAUAAGAAAUUUUGUUCAUCAAAUGGAUGCUACUGUGCUUGUGGCUCUUCUUCAGCCUGCACCAGAAACAUUUGAGCUCUUUGAUGAUCUUCUGCUUCUGUCAGAUGGGUAUGUGGUAUAUCAAGGCCCCAGAGAAAACGUGUUGGAGUUCUUUGAAUCCUUAGGUUUCAAACUUCCACCACGCAAGGGAGUUGCGGAUUUUCUUCAAGAGGUGACCUCCAAAAAGGAUCAACCUCAAUACUGGGCUGAUUCUUCCAAGCCAUAUAAGUUCAUUUCUGUACCAGAAAUUGCUGAGGCUUUUAAGAAUUCCAAGUUUGGAAAGUCUGUAGAAUCCAUGCAAACUGCUCCCUUUGAUAAAUCAAAGAGUCAUCCUACAGCUUUGCCCAAAACUAGAUUUGCUGUGGCAAAAUGGGAUCUCUUUAAGGCUUGUAUGUGCCGAGAAUUGACCUUGGUCAACAGGAAUAGGUUUCUUUACAUUUUUAGGACCUGCCAGGUUACAUUUGUUGGAUUCGUCACCUGCACAAUGUUCCUACAGACAAGAUUCCAUGCUAAGAAUGAGUCUACUGGAACUCUGUAUCAAUCUGCAUUAUUUUUUGCACUGGUGCACAUGAUGUUUAAUGGCUAUUCUGAAUUAUCACUCCUGAUAUCUCGGUUACCAGUCUUCUACAAACAAAGAGGCAAUUUAUUUUAUCCUGCAUGGACAUGGUCUUUGUCCACUUGGAUUCUUGGAAUACCUUAUUCGGUUAUUGAAGCUGUUAUAUGGACUUGUGUUACAUACUACAGUAUUGGAUUAGCCCCUGCUCCUGGAAGGUUUUUCCGACACAUGGCUUUGCUAUUUAUGUUACAUCAAAUGGCUUUAGGUCUCUUCCGAUUCAUGGCUUCACUUGCACGCGAUAUGGUUCUUGCUAACACAUUUGGUACAGCUGCAUUGAUGAUUGUCUUCUUGUUGGGAGGAUUUAUUAUCCCUAAAGGUAUGAUUAAGCCAUGGUGGAUUUGGGGUUACUGGGUGUCACCUCUUAGUUAUGGACAAAAAGCAAUUUCAGUCAAUGAAUUUACUGCCACAAGGUGGAUGAAGGAUUCUGCUUUUGGCCAGGGCACAGUUGGUUCCAAUAUUCUCAAGUUAUACAGUUUACCAACUAAUGAUUAUUGGUAUUGGAUUGGUAUGGGAGUUUUAAUUGUCUACUCGUUGCUUUUCAACAACUUGGUCACUGUGGCCUUGACCUAUCUAAAACCACUCCAAAAACCAAGAGCACUACUUCUUGAUGACGAGGAGGAUUCAAAUGAAACAGCAAAACUCAAAUCAACUAAUGAUGACAACAAAAACAAGGGAAUGAUUCUUCCUUUUCAACCUUUGACAAUGACAUUCCAUAAUGUCAAUUAUUUUGUUGAUAUGCCAAAGGAGAUAGCACAACAAGGUGUAGCAGAUACCAAAUUGAAGCUCUUGUCAAAUGUGAGUGGAGUUUUUGCACCUGGUGUCCUCACAGCAUUGAUGGGGUCAAGUGGAGCUGGAAAGACCACUUUAAUGGAUGUUCUUGCAGGAAGGAAAACAGGAGGAUACAUUGAGGGUGAUAUUAAAAUAUCUGGCUAUCCAAAAGUGCAACAAACAUUUGCCAGAAUAGCCGGAUAUGUUGAACAGAAUGAUAUACAUUCUCCUCAGCUCACAGUUGAGGAGUCCCUGUGGUUUUCUGCAUCAUUAAGGCUUCCAAAGGAAGUAAGCCUUGAAAAGAAGCAUGAAUUUGUUGAACAAGUUAUGAAACUAGUAGAGCUUGAUAGUUUAAGACAGGCUUUGGUUGGAAUGCCUGGUUCUUCCGGCUUAUCGACAGAGCAGAGAAAGCGUCUUACCAUUGCAGUGGAGCUUGUAGCAAACCCUUCCAUUAUUUUCAUGGAUGAACCUACGUCUGGACUUGAUGCACGUGCAGCAGCCAUUGUUAUGAGGACUGUUCGUAAUACGGUUGAUACUGGUAGAACAGUGGUUUGCACCAUCCAUCAACCAAGUAUUGAUAUAUUUGAAGCCUUUGAUGAAUUGCUUCUUAUGAAACGUGGAGGAAGAGUCAUAUAUGGAGGAAAGAUUGGUAGGCAAUCAGAUAUAAUGAUAAAGUAUUUCCAGAAUAUUGAAGGAAUCACCCCAAUUACCAGUGGCUACAAUCCAGCUACUUGGAUGCUUGAGGUUUCCACUGCUGCUGUUGAAUCAAAACUUGGUAUUGAUUUUGCAAACGUUUACGAAAAUUCUGAGCAAUUCAGGGGUGUGGUAGCUUCUAUUAAGGAUUAUGGACAACCUCCUCCUGGCUCACAACCGUUGAAGUUUGAAACUGAAUUUUCACAAAACACAUGCGCACAAUUUCGCAAGUGUUUGUGGAAGCAAAAUCUAGUGUACUGGAGGAGUCCACCUUACAAUGCAAUGAGGUUGAUAUUCACCGUAAUAUGUGCCUUGAUAUUUGGUACAGUGUUUUGGGACAGCGGUUCAAAAAGGGAAACUAUUCAACAAGUGAAUGUAAUUAUGGGUGCACUUUUUUCUGCAUGUCUCUUCCUUGGUGUAAAUAAUGCAUCUUCUGUACAACCUGUUGUUUCAAUAGAAAGGACAGUGUUUUAUAGAGAGAAAGCAGCUGGAAUGUACUCUCCUAUUGCUUAUGCAAUAGCCCAGGGACUGGUGGAGAUUCCAUACAUUGCUAUUCAGACAAUAGUAUUUGGAGUAAUUACAUAUUUCAUGGUUAAUUUUGAAAGGAAUGCUGGAAAAUUUUUCCUCUAUCUUGUGUUCAUGUUUCUCACAUUUACCUACUUCACCUUUUAUGGGAUGAUGGCUGUUGGUAUUACACCUACCCAACACUUUGCAGCUGUCAUUUCAUCUGCAUUUUACUCUUUAUGGAAUCUUGUAUCUGGGUUUCUCAUUCCAAAAUCUCACAUUCCUCCAUGGUGGAUCUGGUUCCAUUAUAUUUGCCCAGUUUCUUGGACUCUACGUGGUAUUAUCACAUCUCAACUUGGUAACGUGCAAGACAUAAUUGUGGGACCUUCAUUCAAGGGAACUGUGCAAGAAUAUUUGGCUUCUAGUCUUGGAUAUGGUACUACAGUUAAUGGAAUGUCAUCGGUAGUACUUUCAGUUAUUGUGCUUCUUUGCUUUAACAUUCUCUUCUUUGGUUCCUUUGCUGUAUCCAUUAAAGUGCUGAAUUUCCAAAAGAGAUGA